AUGGACGGGUCCACCAUAGAGCGCCUCAGCGCCGUCAAUGCCCAGCUCCUGAGCCACAAAUCCCAGGACGUUGAUUUUGAGGCCCUCCUCGCCGAGUUGUCCAAGGUGGCCAACACUCUUCCGGCCGACGCCUCGCCGAACGAGGUGAAGCUUUUAUCCCGAAACCUUGUACUGGUGUUUGGCCACCUCCCAACGAAGAUCUACGACUUUGCCAACCAGUUAUUGAACAAAUUGGACCAGAAUGGCGCGGUGAUCAUGCUCAUCGACUUGUUUGAGACGUUUCCAUCGAAUUUGGGGUCACUCGUCAAUUUCAGUGUUCAACAGAUUUACAAGCUAUUAAAGAAGGAACCCGACGCCGCUAACGUCGUCUACUUGUUUCAUCUGAUCCUUCAAAACGCCACCAAAGCCGACGUUGACGAAAAGACUCAGGCAAAGUUCAUUAAGCUCGUCACUAAGAAUGUAUCACCCGAUGUGCAACACCUGGUGUUCACCAAGAAGAACUACGUGCUUUGUCUAAAACUGUUAUUGAUCCUUGCUGUGUCCACCAAUUAUGAAGGGCUUAUGGCGGCUCUGGCGCAGUCUUCAGUGAAAAUGAAGCCGGAAACGGUGUUGACGCUGCAGCACACUUUCCAACAUCAGUUAUUACAAACUCACGAAAAGCUGAUCACCUACGGUUUAGCAAGUUCAUCUCAAGAAGUCCGCAUUGCCAGUGUUGAAUUAUUAUGCCAUUUGUUGCUCAAUUUUAUCCCUACUGGGAAGUUCUCUAGUCUUGAAUAUUUGGCGCUGAUAUACCCCGUACCGGCAUUUAACGAAUGGGACAAUGCAUUUGGUUUAUGUCUUGACGAUGUUCCUCGCGACGAAGCUCUGCUAGAAGAAGCCCGCAAGGCUCAACGGCGGUCGAAGAAGAACCUCUACCUGAACCGGGAUCUGGAGGCCAUUAUUCAACAGAGUUUAGAUACCAGUCUUCUUCAACUGAGUGUGAUUGAAGCGUUCAUUUUCUACAUUCAACUCGAGCUGUUCUCCAACACUGAUUACUUGGGAGCCAACUUGCACACGAUAUUGGAUGUGGUGUUGGACCAGUUUGCUCCCUUGAGCCUGGCACCCCUCCACAUUGAGAAUCAAGCAUGGAGACGGGUUCAAGUACACUGGCUUAAAGUGGUGGAUUUCUGCUUCAAAGAGGCAGGGCUGACGUGUCACGAAAUUCUCCAAGAUUACUUGUACGCUAAAUUUACCAGUGAGGAUGGCUCAAUUGAAGGACCAGUGAAUGAACUGAAAAAGAAGAAGGGGUUGUUCAAGCGCAAAAGCAAGAGCAGCUCUAAAGUCACUGCCAGAGGCGUCAAUUUGUCGACCAACCCUUACCAAGUGUACAUUUGCUUACACCUCAUUGAGUUGUUGAUGCCGUUUGGGGCCACUUUCAGUGGUGCUGAUGAUUCGAAAAAGAACAAUGAGCCCGAAGAAGAAGAGGCCGACAACGGUGAAUCCGAUAACGACGAUGACGAAUCGAAAGCCGCUGCCAAUGACUCUUUCCUUCGUGACACUAUUCUUCGGUUCCUUACCAACGAUAAUGCCUACAUCCGCAACUACGCGCUUCACACCUUCCUUGUUUACGCCAAAACUCACAAAUGGGAAAUUAAUCAAUUAGUGCUGACUCUCUUCAAGUUGGUGAAGCAACACUUGGACCUGGACUCUCCCAAUGCCGUGCGGCUUAUGCUGUAUUCAUUGGCGUUGCUGUCGCUCAUCAAACAAACUGAAUACCGCGUCUUGCUCACCACUGGCGUGGUUAAGAUCUUAUCAUUCUGUACGCAAACGCUCAAACACAACGAUCUGACGCUGCUGGUGCUGGUACUGGCGUGUUGGCUUCUUCUUUCAUCGCUUGUGUCAUUCUACCAGGAUCUGGAGUUUGUGAAGUUGGGGUCGCUGCAAUUCCUUGUUUUCUGGAAAGGGGUGUUGACCCUGCAACUCAUCCAGCAAAGUGAUAACGACGCCGCCACGAAGAAGGAAAUCACUCAAAACUUGCGGGUGCGUAUUUUCUCAUUGGUCUGUUUGUUGAACUAUCUCGAUGUGAUCAACCCUCAAGAACACCCUGAAUUAUUGAAGCAGAUCCAAUUCUUGCUUACUAAGGCUUACAACUAUAUCAACUAUUUGGAGUCCCACGUUGACCAAGGCGCAAUCACCAGCUUCAAUGCAAACGCUUUCAAUGAGUCUGAGUACAACCCCAACUUAUUAAACGGAGAGAUUCUUUUCACUCAAGUUCCCGGACUUACUUUUGAAAAAGAAGUUGUGCUGUUAUUGUUUAUGUGCAAGAAAGUGGUACUUCAGGCGUUUACCAAACUUGUUGAUCAUGGCAAAGCUGGUGAGAUCAAUCUGAAUAUGGUGGUGUUCGUUUUGAGAGUGUUCAGUGACCCUAAGCUUUUCUCUCGCCUUGGCUGGGGAGAUGAGAAGCAGAAGAAGUCACAAAAUAAGCGCGUACUUAUUAAUCCGGUUGAUCCCGAUCAAAUGGUGCUUCUGGACGAGUACAACUACAAUUUCGGUGUUACCUCCAAAUUCUGUCACAGUGACGAACUCGACCGAAGCCAGUACAAAUCGGUGGCUCCUCAAGGCAUUCACUACAGUGAGCCUUUUGCGACGUGGGGGGUUGCCAAUACUUGGGUCGAUUACUUUGAGCGGUACGUGUGGCUGCUGACCUAUUUCUCGAUCAAUUGCGACCCGCUUUACCACUUUGUUGUCAAUCAACGGUACCUGAAUCAUCAGCAAUACCCGGCGCCUUUACUUACUUCGAUCAUUGACUUGGCUAUUGAGUUGUUUGCUAAAGCGUUCCCUCAUCUUCUGGAAAAGAUCCAGUUCUCGUUGCUUGAGCAAAUGCGUACGAACUUAUCUGCUACCAACGGCGAUCCCCUCCGUCUUCGUGCAGUGCAAACUAACGUCACCGUUGCUCUUUCAGGGGUAUUCCAGUCGCUCAAGCUCACUGAACAUGAUGAGGUUGCUAAAGUAUUGGGAGAGAUUUUGUCGACGAAGUUGGGCAACCACGUCAAUAAACACCUUGUGGCGAUUACGGCUGAAGCGGUGGGUCGGUUUGCGAAAUACCUCAACGACAAGACGGUGGUGCAAGCGAUCAUGGCUCAAUACAUUCAGCGCAUUGUGGCUGAUGAGAACUCUUACACGCGUGGGUUCUGUGUGUACUCGCUUGCCCACAUCUAUCAUCACACCCACCAGUGUAUUUCUGAUGUUUCUGGGGUUAUCAACCAAUUGGCUAUGGAUCCUAACCCGGUCAUUCAGCACUACACGUUGAAGGCAUUAUCGUUGGUGUUGGAAACUAACAUGAACAACGCUGGCUACACUGGCGAUGCCUUAUCGAUUGUUUACGACAAGUUUUUCACGGCUUCGUCAACCACACUGGUGGCACUCGACAACCUUCGAGCUGAGUACCUGGCGGUUAGUCCCGCGGCAUUGGUGGCUAAAGUAUUGGUGACGCUGGCGGGUCCCCAAGUUCGUGAGUGGGCUACCGCCGAUAGAGUUCGCAUGAAGCUGCUUUUGACGAGUUGGGCGUACGGGAUUGGUUUGCUCACCACUCGGGAAUACUUGGCGGUGUAUAUCCACGUUCUCCGCUUGCUUCAGGAGCUUAUCAUUUUCGAUCCUAGUCUCUUGGAUGAGGAGAUUGAUUUCUUCUCUGACUUGUUGAAUCUUGUCAUCAAGAAGAAUAUCAAGUUGGGGCUUGUUUCGGUGCUGCCCACUUCGAUUUUGCGUGACCUGUUGUUCCCGUUUACCACCAGUUUCGACUUGUUUAAAGCUGCCUACGAAUGCUACAGUGAGCUCGUGAAGAUUGUCGACGAUGAUACUCGCGCCAACGUUCUUUCCAAGGAUGUGAUUCUGAUGGUGUGGAUCCUGAUGAACUUGCGCCCGUGUCAAGAACUUAAGGACUUUGUCAAGUUCUGGAUGGAGCUGAGCAUGGAGUCGGGCUCUGGCGGCUUCUGGUUGGGUACGCUCGUGCAAUUAUUCCGCGUUAGUGCCAAGAAGCUUAUCAAGCCGUUCAUCGAACAGACGUACUCGCAAAAAUUGCUCCCUCUUUCUCAGCGGAUGAAGAAGAAGCAAGGCGAUUUGGCCAUUGAGUUCCGUGAAGAUGAAGAAGUUGAAGGCAUUGUGGGUGUUGAUGAUGCUGAUCACAAUGAAUUAGUGGAGCCGAUCACGUGGGAAUUCAAGUUGUUCAUCUACGAUAUGUUCAACGUCUUGCUUGACCUCACUCGGGGUAACCAGGAAUUCUUGUCUAAAUUGACGGGGAGACUUCUGGAACUAGUCAAGAUCUCAUUCUUGGGGCUGACGCUGCCGAUUAUUCCCAUCAAGCUCAAAGGGGUGAUGCUCCUUGAGAAGCUUCUCGAUAUCUUUGGCGAUAUGGUGGAUCCGUUGUACCCCGAAGUCCUGAUUCUUGAGCAGCAACAAGCGCAAAUCAUCAGUGCCCUCAUCCCGUGUUUCAAUACCACUAACCUGAGUGCUGAAGUCAUCGUCAAAGCCAUCAGCGUACUGUCCAAGUUUGUCAAUUUGCCCCGGAUCAAGUUUUACUCGAAACAGCGUCUCCUCACCACGCUCACGUUCCUCCUAGAAGAAUUGCUGAGUGGCAAGUUCAUGCGAUUCAGCUAUCUUGAAAACAUGAGUGAAUAUGAACGCAAGCUGAUUCAACUUGCCAUCUUGAACUGCUGGGCUCUUUUACGCCUCAAGCUGACAUUGGAGGAUGAAGAUGACGGCAUGAGACAGAUUUUGGCCAAGCACCAGGAUCUUUUGCUCAGUUUGUGGAUUGUCCUGCUCCGUGACUACGCCCAAACCAAAUAUAACCUGAACAGCCCUCAAGACCUUGAGAUAUAUGGCUGGUAUUGGAUUAACUUUAUCCAGGUGCUCACGUUUGAGUUGGAGCAGAACCCGGACAAGAUUAGUCAGUUGCUAGGGGGCGACAUGCGCAAUUUCUUCUUUGUCUUAUUUAGCCAGUGCAUCGAAUCGUUGGUGAAAAACAAGCAUGUUCCCGAUGCGCUUUUGACGCUCAAAUACUUGCUUGGCAACGAGGAUCUUGUGCGAUAUGUGGCGCUGGAGGAGCUGAUUUUCUCGGAAAUUGUCGACUUGUUGGAUCGUGUCGCUCUCAUUGAGGAAGAUCUGUACGAGAUUCAAACGCGGGUGGUCGACAACUGUCAUGUCAUUUUCCAUACUUACUUGAGGGCGAAGCAGCACGACUUGGUGAUGGGGUUCGACGAUAAGAUGUUUGAGCUCAUUCGCAUUGCUAUGCUUCCGUUAUACAACAUUUUGCCGUUCUUGCGCAGCGACUACGACCCGCAAAACCAAAACCAGAAAAUCCACUUGAAACGGGCCGAUUUACCCGCCAACGUUGCCAUUCUCAAGCAUACUUUGUCGAAGGUGAUCGACAUGAUUACCCGGUUGCCGUCAGAGGUGAAACGCGAUAUGUACGCCUGUGUGCUCUUUGUGUUUGCGCGGGUUUUUGAGUACAGCAACGACACCUUGGUGGGGCUCGUGAUCCCACACUUGAAGGAGAUUGUCUUAGGCGCCCGCGAGCUUGCUCCCGAGCUUAUUCAGACGUUCUACGAGGUCGUGCAACUGCUGGCGCCGUUAUCGGAGCUGGCGUCGGUGCUGGCGACGAUCAGUUACGUGAUAUUAGUCACCAGCGGCAAUAUUGUCCUCAGCGACAGCCAAUCGCGCGUGCUUGCCACCAAUUUGCUCGACUUGAUCCACCAGGAACUGUCGCCGGCGUUAGCCGUUCAGUGCAUCAAGCUGUUGGUGCAGCACCCACCAACGCCCACGUUGAAGUACUUAAUCUCCGCCAUGGUCGCCAACUUAGUCGCUGGCGACGCUCGCUUCCCCAAAUUGGAGAUCGAGUUGUUGCUUUUGUUUGCAAAGCAAUUGACGGUCCAGAGCAAGGUUGAAGCGGUGUACACCGUUGUGGUCCCCGUGCUCCUCAGCUUUUGUGGCCAGGACUCAGAGGUGGGCGACGACUACCUCCACGACAAGUUGAUGGGGUUGCUUACUCACAACCCGGCGGCGUUUAAGACGGUGGUUGCUACGGGGUUAAGUGACCACCAACGCCACACGGCGGAAAGACUUGUGAAACUGGUGGGGGCUAACAACCAUAGCGAACCACAAAUUGAGCUCAAAAUGUUCGGCUAA